AAUUGUAUGAUUUUCGCAAGACCAAUCCUGCAUACGUUACAAAUUGUAAACGAUUAAAUUAUCAAUAGUUGUAUAAUAUGGAGACAACGAAAGGUUUACGGCAUCUCAUAUUAUUUUUCUUCUAAAAUUCUUAUUUGAGAAUUACAUUUGCCUCAUUAUGGCAAAGUCCGUCACUACAUACGAAAAACCGACUCCACAUAUCGGUUUGGCCGAUUGGUACGCGAAGCAAUGGGAACUUGAAAAAAGUGCUGAAACGAGAAGAUCAGAUGCAUUCGAUUUACGCAAUACAGGGAGGAUUAUUCGAGCAGAAACUCAAAUCAGAACAGAAUGGGAUACUCGCAUGAACAAUACGAGAUUGGAAGACAGAGUGACAGAGUUAUCUCGAUGGGAAAAUUUGUUACAAUCGUUAUUAGAGCGUCUGGAAUUAGAAAUACGUCUUCUGAAAGAUGACAAAGCCGAUACGGAAACGGAACUCGAAAAUCUGAAUAUACCUGUGCAAGUAACAGCUCAGUGCAUUUCUAUGCGUGAUUGUCGAAGAGGCACUGAAUUAACCUAUGACGAUGGCGAUACAGAGCUGAAAAAGGAACUUUGCGUUGUGGAAGGAACGAAAAAUACACUGACAAAUAGAGUGCAAGCCGCUUGGGAAAAAUUGAAUCGCUUAGAAGAAGUAAGAUUCAAAGUCAAUUUGGAUUUGCAGGAUAAACGUGAAACUCUUGAAAUCGACCGAGAAAACUUAAGUUUGGAUCGAACUUGUGCUAACCUUAGUUACAAACCGGACGCCCUGAGAACUCCUAACAACUCAAUUUCAUACGACACAUGGCUCGAACAUUGUCGGCAUAUAAAACUGUUAGCAGAUAAUGAAUUGAGCGAUACCUACAGUUUCCGAGAAGCUAUUAGAGUUAUUAGAGAAAGAACAAGAAACAAUAUUAGAGCUCAACAAGAUUUCACGGAUUUUACUCUGAGAAAAAGAAUUUAUCAAACUCAGAAAGCUAAAAAUGAAUUAGAAUGGCAGAAACUUAAGAUGCAAAGAGAAAUGGACACUCUUCAAAAAGAGUUAACUCGACUAGACAAGGCACUUUUAGCCAAAACAGAUGCUAUUAAAUGUGCGGAGACAAGAUUAGAAAAUCGAACAUGUCGUCCUGGUUUUGAAUUAUGUCGAGAUGAAAGUGAAAUUGGGCUAAAAGAAGAAGUACUCCAAUUGCGGCAAACUAAAGAAGACUUAACUGAAAGAAUAAAUUGUGCCAAAGCAACAUACAAUGGAUUGGAAUCUUUAUUGAUUCGAAUGGAUAAAAAUUUGGACGACAAACAACAUUCAUUAAUGACUGACAUUAUGUGUCUUGAUAUGCGGUCAACUUUAAAAACUGGUGAUCGAGCAAGACUUGCGAAUGAAACCGACCGAAAUAUUGUAUUGACCCGUAUGGAAAAGGAAAUCCCUCGUGAAAAUUGAACAAAAAGGAGCCAGAAUUAAAGACUUCUAUAAGGAA